CUUUCGCUCGCUCGCUCGCGCACUCACUCACCAUCUCUUUCUCUUCCGGUGAAAUUCCAUUUUCAAAAGCUUAGCAAGGUGCCAUUUUCAGUUUAGUUCCAGGGGAUCUUAGUAGAAUCUCAACUUGUGGGAAAAUUUUCAGCUGUAUGUCGGAUUCUUUUAAAGUACUAAGCAAGUAGUCUUUGAAACUUAUCUAAUGGAGCUAAGAAAUUUCAGUCACUUUCACCAUAUCCAGGCCAUCAAAGGUGGUUCAGUGAAAAAAAUUAUGAAUGUGGAUUCUCGGAGGAGGCCAGCAAUCAGAUUUAAAAAUAUUAAAGACAUAUUUGGAAAUGGAAAUGCAGAUGUUUCACUGCCCAACUUCCAACCAAGAUUUGUGCUCGGGGCCUUGUCAUUUGACUGUGAUCCAACCAAAAAUAGAAGCCAAUGCCUGCCAAUUGGAGAAAAAAAUGUCAAAAUUGAGGCGGAAGCUUCUGAGUCUGAUUGCAGCGGUGCUGAUGGUGGUGUAGGAAGUGAUGACCUCGAUAGUCCUACCUUCUCUAAUAUGACACUUAAACAGAUUAAGGAAAUGUGCAGAGCAAAGAAAAGAAAACUUUCAAAUUAUGGCAAUUCUAUGAAUGAGACAGCAAAAUUUGUCCCUUGUGAGUACCCUGAUUCCAUACUCAAGGUGGAAGAAUGUGAUCUUGAGGAGCCUCUAAGUAGUUGGAAGUUUAGACUCUCCAAGAGAAGGAAGGCAAAGAAAGAGCAUAUGAAACAUUGUACCUCUAGUUUAUCUCAACCUACUGCAUCUUCAGUAAAAUACUUUCAAAGUGAUGAAGAUUCCCCGCAAGCUAAUAGGAAUUUGGUUGAUCAUCUUAAUAUUAAAACUGAGGAUUAUGAGCAUGGUUACUCAGAUUGCCAGAUCACGACUCCUCAUGCUGAUCUUUCUCCUGUUUCUACCACGGAAUUAUGUAGUGGAGUUGGAUACAAUGAAAUGCCUGAGACAAUUAAAGUUUUGGAAUCACAGGUGCCAAGAUCUCCGACAAAACAACUUCAACCCUGUGAGUCUGAUUACUCAGAUUGCCAAGUCAUGACUGCUUAUGAAUAUCUUUCUCCUGUUUGCACAAUGAAAUUAUCUAGUGAAGUGGUGUCCUUUGACAUGCCUGAGACAAUUAAGGUUUUGGAACCACAGGUGCCAAUAUCUCCAACUAAAAAGCCUCAAUCCUGUGAGCCUGAUUACUCAGAUUACAGGGUCAUGACUGCUUAUGAUGAUCUUUCUCCUGUUUGUACCAUGCAAUUAUCUUGUGAAGUGGUGUCUACUAAAGUUCCUAGUGAAGUGGUGUCUACUGAAGUUCCUGAGACAAUAAACGUUUUGGAGCCACAGGUGCAAACAUCUCCAAGUAAACAGCCUCAAUCCUGCAUUAGUGGAGAACUGGAUGAACAUGUGGAGCAUGUUGAUCCUGAUGCUUGUGUCUCUGGUGGGGACAAUAUACAGGUGGAUAUUCCAGGAAUAACCAGUGAACAAUAUUCAGUGUCCCGGACAAUUAUUUUGGGUUCAGAGGUACCAGUGUCUCCAACAAAACAGGUUCAGUGCUGUGUUAAUGAAGUUUCCAAUGAGUAUAGGGAGAGUCUUAAUCCUGAAUCCAUUUUUGAUGUUGAUGCUUAUGGUUGGGAGAUUGUAAAGGUGGAUAUUCCACGAGUACCAGCUGAACAAAAUUCACUGCUUAAGACAAGUGUUUUGGAGUCACAGGUCCCAACACCUCUAACAAUACUGCCUCAAUACUGUGCUGUCAAUGAAAUGUGCUAUGAAUAUCGGGAACAAGAUGAUCUUGGGUCCAAUUUGGAUGUUGAUGCUUCUGGUUGGGAGAUUAUACCCGUGGGUAGUCCAGCGAUAACUAUUCCACGGUAUUCAGAGUUGCCCAUACCAAAAUUAGGCGAUGGAAGUUGUGUUAUUCAUGCACUUCCCUACUGUGUUCCCCAAGAGACAGAUGGUACAACACAGGAUCAGUGUGUUGCAUACAAUACAAUCUUAAAUCAUUCUCUGAUGGAAGAGGCAUUAUGUCAAACUAGCCAUAACAGUCAGAUUGAUCUGCCUGACAUGGAAAUGGUUGCUAAUGUUCAAUGCUUCGAAUUCAACAAUAAGGAUACUGCAUCUUUGUUUGUCGAUUGUGUAAAAGAUGGUUCACCUUCUAAUCUCAAAGGCAAUGCUAGCUCCGGUACUGAUGGCUGUCUGAUUUCUGUUGAUCAACACUCUGCUCCUGAUAAGGGAAAGCAAUCCCUAUACCCUGACUACGAUAAUGGAGCAGAAGACUGCUCCACAACAAGCCACUCUUGUAGUGUUCCUAAUGACCAAAAGACAUUGGUAGGGACUGGAGGCCAUUGUACUGAGAUGCAUCAUCCUCCUGAAAAGCUUCUCUCCAAAAGAAAGGCCAUUUCUCCAUCAUCUCAAGAAAGAUUGUGUAAAGCUAUGGAGCGGACUAAGUUACCUGAUAAUGACCAUCGUAAAUGUAAAGGAAAGCUAUACUUCAGCAGACAAAACAACCACAGGAUCCUUAGGGCUGAAGGGCUUCAUCAAAUCAGGAUAGCUGAAGUAUCUGAUGUCUGCACAAAACAAACCAAUAGAAAACCAAAAUGUAAUAAGCAAAGCCCCAACGAAAAUGGCAAUGCCAGGAUUCCCAAUACUUCACAGGGGUUACCACGUUUUAGCACUGGUGGUGCCUCCAUUGAAGGAUGUUCACAGAGUGCCAUUGAAUUCUCACAGAGGCAGAUGCGUGAUGUUGAAGGUCUUGCAACUAAACUCACAAAAGAUUUGAAGUCUAUGAAAGUCAUCAUGAAGGAAGUGCUGGAUCCUGAAGUCUGUCCAGUUACUUUCUCGAAGCAAAAUAUGGACAAGCUGAGAGCAGCUGUUGAGAAUGCAACAAGAGCAGAAGAAACUACAAGAAGAUGGAUUUCGGCAAUGGCAAGGGACUGCAACCGUUUUUGUAAACUGAUGAGGUUGAUUCAGAAAAGUUCUUCUUCCAAAGAGGUAGUGCCAAAAGAGAGGAAGAAGAUUACUUUUGCAGAUGAGACUGGUGGAAAACUGUGCCAUGUCAAGGUUUUUGAGGAUGAUAUGGCUUCUCGUUUGGGGUCUUGUACUGAGCAACAGGAAUUGCUGGUCAAGUUAUGAUUUAGGCACAUGCUUGUUGUACAUUUAUUGUUGAUACACAAUCAACUUGAUUCUCUCCUUCUGUACAUGUGGCCUAAGGUCAAUCUUCUUCGUAGAAUUGCCUAAGGUCAUGCAGAGAGGCAUAGCUUUUACUGUAUAUCAAUUUGAGGGGCACAUGACUUGCCGGAUGGAGCAGCCUCAGAUCUUUGAUUAUUCACUCAGAAACGGGAAGAGGCUGUAAGGUCAGUCAUUAAUGCCAGGGAACUGGAACCGCAAGGCUAGAGCCGAGAUGAACGAAAGUUAACUCAACGUGGCUAUCUACUUAGCAUUGCUCGUGUCACCCACAAAGCCUACU